AUGGGUUCUGUAGGAGGAGACCACUUCAAGGACAUCAGUCCCGUGGUGACCCCUGAAGGCAAUGUGGUGAUGAGCUUCAGCUUCGACAGCUACCAGCUGGAAGAAGAGGAGCUUCAGGCAAAAGGGUGUCAAGCAAAGGGAGUUCUCACCUUCAUGGAGCCAGUCUGUGAAGAACCAGAGCCCCAGGAUCGGUACCAUGGGAUUUACUUCGCCAUGCUGCUAGCAGGAGUGGGAUUCCUCUUGCCUUACAACAGCUUUAUUACAGAUGUGGACUAUCUUCAUCACAAGUACCCAGGGACUUCUAUCGUGUUUGAUAUGAGCCUUACUUACAUCUUGGUCGCCUUGGUUGCAGUCAUCCUCAACAACGCCCUUGUAGAAAUGCUCAGUCUCCACACCAGGAUUGCUGUGGGGUACCUAUUUGCACUGGGACCCCUUCUGUUUGUGAGCAUCUGUGAUGUCUGGUUGGAUCUUUUUCCCCGACGGCAAGCCUAUGCCAUCAACCUCAUUGCAGUGGGCGUCGUGGCCUUUGGUUGCACAGUGCAGCAAUCCAGUUUCUAUGGCUACACUGGGAUGUUGCCGAAGCGGUACACCCAAGGUGUGAUGACCGGCGAGAGCACUGCUGGAGUCAUCAUCUCUCUGAGCCGGAUCUUCACCAAACUCCUCUUGUCGGACGAGAAGGAGAACACCAUCAUUUUCUUUUUCAUCUCCAUCAGCCUGGAGUUCACCUGCUUCAUCCUCCACCUUUUGGUGAAGCGGACCCAUUUUGUAAAAUACUAUACUGCUCGCUCCCGCGACGGAGCACCUGACCUCAAAGGGGCUGUGGACAAUGGCACCGGAUACAGAGUCCACCAUGACGUCACCGCAGAAGACAUCAGAUUCGAGAAUCGGCCUCGCGGACAAGAGGUCUUCCCUCCCGACACCUUUGGGCAGGAAGGCGAGCUGGCCGGCAGUGGUACCUACAUGCGAUUUGACGUCCCUCGGGCCAAAAUCAAAAGCAGCUGGCCGAGCUUCAGAGAUAUGAUGCUGCAUCGCUACAUCGUCUCCAGGGUAAUCUGGGCCUACAUGCUCUCCAUAGCGAUGACUUAUUUCAUCACGCUGUGCCUCUUUCCUGGGCUGGAAUCCGAAAUCCGGAACUGUACUCUCGGAGAGUGGCUUCCCAUUCUGAUCAUGGCUAUCUUCAACCUCUCGGACUUUGUGGGCAAGAUCCUGGCUGCCUUGCCUUAUGACUGGAGAGGAACCCAUCUUCUCAUCUACUCUUGCCUGCGAGUGGUCUUCAUCCCCCUGUUCAUCAUGUGUGUUUAUCCCAACGGGAAGCCCACCUUUAGCCACCCUGCCUGGCCUUGCAUUUUUUCCCUCCUCAUGGGGAUCACCAACGGAUAUUUCGGCAGCGUCCCCAUGAUCCUGGCAGCUGGGAAAGUGAGCCCGGAGCAGAGAGAAUUGGCAGGUAACACCAUGACUGUAUCCUAUAUGACAGGGCUGACGCUGGGUUCCGCAGUGGCCUAUUUCGCCUACAGCCUCACCAGCACGUCUCACAGUAGCUGCUUCCGCACCGAAACCUACAACGGCUCGAUCACGGCAGGGUACUGAGCGGGAGUUCUCCAAUGGCUGCAUUUCACCCAUGGGCUGCAGGCAAGCUGGAGAGAGAUGUGGUGGUGGUGGGGAGAUCCUGUGAAUCUAUCGCCCUACAGGAGGAGUAGCUCCAGACGCUUUGGUGCCGACGGUGGAAAACCCAAACGACACCCUCACUCACACACAUACUGAUUUUGCAUGGGUCACGCUCCGUCGGGACGUCCUCUGGUACGAGUCUUGUUGAAAUGAACAGCCAGUUCAUUCCAACUGGGUUGAUGCAGGAUCCCUUUCCCAUGGGCUGAAUCUGGCCGUGUCUGAUGCUGCCACCCUUAGGGGCUUCCAACUCCAUCAUGAUGAGGCCGCCAUCUU